AUGGUUGAGGAUGAGUUUGAUGACGAUGUUGUGGUUGGUCUUAAGAACGUGGAUGGCAUAGUGUUGUGCUUGGGUGACGUUCUGCGCUACCUUGUGAGCAUGGCUGAUGAAUCUGGCAUUAACACAUCUCCUGACGUUCUGGAUAUAAGCAUCCUUUCCUCCCAGGAUGUGGUCCGUGUGCUACUAUCACUGCAGCCUUUUCUACAAGAUGCCAUUCAAAAGAAACGGACAGGAAGGACAUGGGAGAAUAUCCAACAUGUGCAAGGACCUCUCACCUGGCAACAAUUCCACAAGAUAGGCAGAGGAUCCUAUGGUUCAGAAGAAUCACCAGAGCCACUUCCCAUCCCCACACUGCUUCUGGGCUAUGACAAAGACUUCCUGAUGAUCUCUCCUUUUGCACUGCCCUUUUGGGAGAAGCUGCUUCUUGAACCAUAUGGUUCUCAGCGUGAUGUAGCCUACAUUGUGGUCUGUCCAGAAAAUGAGGCCUUGCUCACUGGAGCCAAAAAUUUCUUCAGGGAUCUUAGUGCUGUGUAUGAGACAUGCAGACUUGGUGAGCAUAGACCUAUCUGCAAAGUAUUGAGAGAUGGCAUUAUGCGGGUUGGUAAGAGUUCUGCAAAAAAGCUGGCAGAUGAAUCUGUUGACGAAUGGUUCUCUCAAGCUUGGGUUAGUGAUGAAAAUGACAAUCUUGCCAAGUUAAAGCUAUACGCUCAAGUCUGCCGCCAUCACUUGGCACCUUACCUGGCUACACUUCAGCUGGACAACAACUUGCUGAUUCCACCUAAACACCAACCAACAUCAUCUAGUACCCAGGGGCAGACAACAACUGGAAGCAGUGGGCCACUGUUGGGAACAGGGGUUACUUCUGCACCAGUGACAACUGGCACCACAGCGACUUCCACAACCAGCACUGGCAGUAGCAGUGCAACAACUGGCAGCACUGCUGUUGUAAGUGGGUCAACAGGUACCUGCUCCACUUCUACUACCUCCACUACCACCACAACAACUACCCCCGUUUUGCAUCAAACAGGUACAUCCUCUUCAGGAUUUGGUGGGACAGCUGGGGCUACUCAGGUGCAGAGUGGUAGCUCAGGCGCCAGUACCGAGAGACCUCCAGCAAGUACACCCAGUGGAAGUGGAGAUUCAGAUGCCCAGAGUUCUGCACAGCAGCAAGAAGUGCAAGAGAGUACUACAGAAAGGGAAAGGAUAGGAAUUCCUACUGAAGCUGAGUCAGCUGACAGCAAUGCAUAUCCACCAGCUGUCGUCAUUUAUCUUGUUGAUCCUUUUACAUAUUCCUCAGAAGAGGAGUCAUCUUUUACUAGUGGAUGGCUGUUAGGCCUGUUAAGGUGCUACAUGGAGAUGCUGGAUAAUCUACCAGAGCAUAUGAGAAAUGCAUUCACUGUCCAGAUUGUGCCUUGCCAGUAUCUACUACAACCAGUGAAAGAUGAUCACACUUUCUAUAUCCAGCACUUAAAAUCACUGGCAUUCUCGGUUUACACUCAAUGCAGACGGCCGCUUCCCACACAGAUCCACAUUAAAUCACUAACUGGCUUUGGUCCUGCUUCCACAAUAGAUAUGACCCUUAAACAUUCAGAGCGUCCCCAUCCAAUCCAAGUAUAUUCACCUCCUUAUAUCUUGGCACCGAUUAAAGACAAACAAACAGAGCUAGGUGAGACAUUUGGAGAGGCAAGCCAGAAGUACAAUGUGCUCUUUGUUGGUUAUUGUUUAUCGCAUGAUCAGAGGUGGCUUCUAGCAUCAUGUACAGACCUUCACGGGGAAUUACUGGAGACUUGCAUCCUGAACAUUGAUGUCCCAAACAGGUCGAGGAGAAGUAAAGUGCCUGCUCGUAAAAUUGGCUUGCAAAAGCUAUGGGAAUGGUGUGUUGGAAUUAUGCAGAUGACAUCACUGCCAUGGAGAAUUGUAAUGGGGAGACUUGGAAGAGUAGGUCAUGGAGAACUGAAAGAUUGGAGUAUCCUAAUUGGGCGACGCUCACUACAAUCUACCAGUAAGCAAUUGAAGGAGACUUGCACAAUGUGUGGUAUAUCUGCAGCAGAUUCUCCCACAAUUCUCAGUGCCUGCUUGGUUGCCCUGGAACCACAGGGUUCAUUUGUUGUUAUGCCUGAUGCUGUCACAAUGGGUUCUGUGUUUGGGCGUGGUACAGCUCUCAACUUGCAAACAUCUCAGUUGAACACCCCACAAGAUGCAUCCUGUACGCACAUUCUGGUUUUUCCAACAUCUGCCGCUACGGUUGUUGCCAAUACUGAAGCUUUGGAACCUCUUGGUAACCAAGAUGGUAUAGGAAUUUUGGAAGAAGAUAUUUUUGCAGAAGACUUUGACAAUGACAUUCGGAUUCUGAUCACUGGUAAUCUUCAUCCAUCUCCCACCUCUUCUCCUGUACUGUCUCCUGGUUCACCUACUGGCACAGGAGCAGGCUCUCAUUUUCAACACAGCAGUGAAGGUGGCAGGGGUCAAGGAGGUGAACGACUUCUCUCCACAGAAGCUCAUGAGGAAGUGGCAAAUGUAUUGCAGCAACCGCUUGCUCUUGGAUACUUCGUGUCAACUGCCAAAGCUGAGAAUCUUCCUCAGUGGUUCUGGUCUGCCUGUCCCCAUGCCCAAAAUCAAUGCCCAUUGUUUCUAAAGGCCUCUUUACAUCACCAUGUCUCCUUGGCACAAUCUGAUGAACUACUUCCUGGCAAGCACACUCAUCCUCACCCGCUGGAUUCCAAUAGAACUUCAGAUGUUUUGAGAUUUGUACUGGAACAGUAUAAUGCCUUAUCAUGGCUCAACUGCAACCCUGCCACACAAGAUCGCCAGUCCUGUCUACCCGUCCACUUUGUGGUGCUUACUCAAAUGUACAAUGCCAUUAUGAAUUUACUUUGAAACUAGGAAUCGUGUUAUACACGGACCUAAUCCCUUUCCCUGACCAAUAAUAUGCAUCAUCAGCUGUACAUCAAUGACAUGAAGACCUUGCAAGGGAAAAUAUCAAAAUUUGAGCAAGUAUCAUUUCCAAGAGAAUUGAAUUCACUCCAUCUAACUUUCUCAAAUGUGUGAGCGUUAACCUGCAAAGAACUUUUCUUGGAUAUUGGUGCAUCAGCGGCAUACGUUGUAAAGCUCUUCCACAUCAGUAACUUUUUUGGAAUUCUUAUGUUACAGCUUCUGAAACAAAACUUGUCAUCAUUGCUACAACACAGAAUUUAUUUUUCAUGAUAAAUUGUACAUUCUUUUAAAAAAAACACAGUAUUGUGAAAUUGAAGAAAAUAUAGUGGAGAAUAUCAACUAGCUAGUGCUUGUAAAUGAUAUUUUAUUGUGCAUUUGAGUCACCGUUGGUGGCUUCCUUUGUAUUGUAGAUAUAAACCAGAUAUAUCAAAAGUUUGUAUCUAUUGUGUACAGUGUAAAAUUGACAAAUUGCAGUACUAUUUUUUCUUAAUCAGAAAAAUUUCACAAGGUCUUUUGAAGAGGAAAAUCAAGAUUGUAAAAUUGUACAAAAAGUUAACUUGGUGAGAAUUGUAAGUAGAAGUUUGUAAUUUUUCCAUUUUAUUGUCAUUCUCCCUCCCAGAAUUCAUCAGCUGUAGAUGAAAAUGGGUUGUUUCGAUUUCAAGGCCAUUUUUAUCUAGGACUUUACUGAUGAAGAUAAAUACUCAUCUUCAUAUUUUUGGAGGUGCAAACUCAGACCUCUUGUCAUUUUAUUUAAGAUUUAAGUUAAAAGAUUCUGGUGAAGUAAUAUUUAUAGGUUUUUGUGCAAAAAAUAAAUAAAUGGCAAUAGAUAAAAUCCUAUAUUAUGUACUUCAAUGUGAGAAAGUUGUAUGUAUAUUUCUCAUGGAUAUGCAUAUUUUAGUUGUGGAUUUUUAAAAGUUUGAGCAUACAAGCCCCAGUUGAACAACAGAAUCCCUUUGCAGAAGAUUUUCAUUUUUCUUCUGUUAGAACACAUUCAAAGUUCAGAAAUGGCAUACCAGUUUGUCUUGUGAUAACCUGGAUUUGCUAGCAUGCUUGUAUGUAUAUUUCAGAACAUUUUUAAAUGUAAAAGCUGUACAUUUCACGCCAAUAUGAAGUUUUUUCUUCUGAGCAUUUUGCUGUGGGCUUCUUUUAUAUAAAAUAAAAUAAGUGAAGUUCAUUUUAAUUCUGUAUUGCUGAAACAAAUACACUAAAAGCGAGUUUGAUAAACCUGCAGGCAUUUUAAUGUCAUUCAUAUAUCUUGUGGAUGAGAGCUAUACUUUUACACACUUUUUUAGAUUAAUAAAUUAUUAAAUUAUCGAAA